AUGGUUAACACAUCUGCCACCGAGUCCCGCUCCUCCCAGGGAGGAGGGCUGAAGGUAACCAGGCCUCUGUUCAUUCACAAGGAGUCUGGUCAUGAAGCGGAGAUCGGGCUGCGGAAACCCCCCACCUCCUACGUUCGAACCACCAUCAACAAGAAUGCCCGGGCCACCCUCAGCAGCAGCCGGCACAUGAUCCGCAAGAACAAGUACCGCCCAGAUCUACGCAUGGCUGCCAUUCGCAGAGCCAGCGCCAUCCUGCGCAGCCAGAAGCCUGUGAUGGUGAAAAGGAAGCGGGCCCGCCCCACCAAGAGCUCCUGA